AUGUUUGUCAGGAUUUUUAUUCCAAAGAAGCACCGGCAGCGGUUCGAUGAGGUGGUUUCACAGAGUCUUAUCAGCAAGAUUCGCAGCAGCAAGAACAGGAUUGACAGCAGCAGCCGGCUACGUAGAAGCAGGAGCGAAGACCACCAGGAACGCCUGCUUGUCUCCACCCGUGCCAGCUCAACUCCUCGGAAUCCGGAGGAACCAGGGCAGAGCAUCCGAAAGACAGGCUCUAUCUUAGGAGGAAGCGUGAGGGCAGGAACCUCCCGCAGAACGAUCCGAGUGUACAAAGGCCACAAAAGCUUUGGCUUUACCCUGCGAGGCCAUGGCCCUGUAUGGCUUGAGUCCGUUAUCCCUGGAAGUCCUGCUGAAAAAUCCGGAUUGAAGGCAGGUGAUCGAAUUUUGUUUCUCAAUGGGCUGGAUAUGAGAAACUGCUCCCAUGAGAAGGUGGUGGCAAUGUUACAGGGCAGUGGAGCAAUGCCCACGCUUGUGGUGGAAGAUGGACCUUUUAAUUACCCCCUUGGUAACAAUCUCAGUGACCCAGAGCCAGACCCUGCGGAAUCGUCCACAUACUCCUCAUCACUGACAUCUCUACAGUGGGUGUCUGAAAUCCUGCCACCCAGUAUAAAGGUUCAAGGAAGAACCUUCACCCAGCAACUGGAGCACCUCCUAACACCCAAUGAGCGGUACAGUGUCUGUAAGGCACUUGAGGGCUUCUUCCAGCACAGGAACAUUGAUACUUUGAUUGUUGACAUCUACCCUGUAUUGGAUACGCCUGCAAAGCAGGUAAUCUGGCAGUUCAUCUACCAGCUACUGACAUAUGAGGAGCAGGAACACUGUCAUCAGAAGAUUGCCAGAUUCCUGGGAUACAAGGCAGCUGCAGGCAGUAAAAAGUUGGGGAUGUCUCUGUCAUGGCAGACAGAGCCUCAUCCCAUGCACUCCUGUCGUUGUCAAGCUCCUAAUGAUCCCUCCCCGACUAAUUCGGACCCACACCCCUAUGUCAGCCUAGACGGCAGCCCUAGCCCCUCACCCCAGAACGUGGAAGUCAUGAACAGUCCCCCACACCGUCGCAAGAAGCUCUUCACCUUCUCCCGCCCUCCUCGCAGCCGUGAUACAGACCGAUUUCUGGAUGCCCUGAGUGAGCAGCUAGGACAGAAGGUGACCAUCAUGGACGAGUUCAUGAACCCAGAGAACGAUUAUGAAGAAAUGACCUUUCCAGAGGAGCAAGGAAUCUAUAGCAUAAAUGACCCAAGCAGCCCCAGUGAAUAUGCCAGUAGCAGUGACGAUGGAAGCUCCUUAACGUAUUCAUCAUGUUCGGAUCCUAUCCCACCUCCUCCUCAAAGUCCCCCUCCUCCACCACCCAUACAGUUCAAUGACCCAAAACCUGCCGCCUUAAUCUCUGAGUUGAAAAGGGUCAUCCCACCUCCACCUCCAUUACCUCCACCCCCCUCUUACUCCUCUAGCCACCAUCAGUCUAUUCCUCUCCCACCCCCUCCUCCUCCUCCUCCAUUACCACCCUCGUCUGGUCCCCCUCCACUGCACCGUGGCUUUCACCGUAGAAGUGAAUCCAGUCACAUGAGUGUGAAGAGGCUGCGAUGGGAACAAGUGGAGAAUUCUGAAGGCACCAUUUGGGGUCAGUUUGGAGAGGACUCGGAUUAUGACAAGCUGAGCGAUAUGGUCAAGUAUCUAGAUCUGGAGCUGCACUUUGGGACCCAGAGACCAAACAAAGCAAGUUUUGCACCUGAAACCUUUAAGAAGAAGGAUGUGGUGGAAAUACUAUCUCGUAAGAAGGCCUACAAUAUAUCUAUUCUCAUCGCCCACCUGAAACUCUCUGCACCAGAGCUCCGCCGGAUCCUUGUGACAAUGGAGAAUGAUCGUCUGGAACCUUCUCAUAUUAAACAAUUGCUGCUGUAUGCUCCUGAUGAGGAAGAGUUGAAGAAUUUCAGGCGGCACAUGGCUGAUCCCAGUAAGCUGAGUGAGCCGGACCAAUUCGCGCUGGAGAUGCUGUCAGUAAAGGAAUAUAAAAUCAGACUGAAGAGCUUGCAUUUCAAGAUCACGUUGCAAGAGAAGACAGAGGAGAUAAAGUCUGGACUGCAGUGUAUCUACAAGGCCUCAGUCGAACUGAAAAGUGGCAAGAAACUGGCAAAGAUUCUUGAGUUUGUUCUUGCAAUGGGAAACUAUCUCAACAAUGGACAGCCUAAGAGCCCCAAAACCACAGGAUUUAAAAUUAAUUUUCUGACAGAGCUUGACACCACAAAGACUGUAGAUGGGAAAUCUACCUUUUUGCACAUUCUUGCCAAAUCAUUGAGCCAACAUUUUCCUGAGCUGCUGGACUUUGCCAAGGAGAUUCCAACUGUGGCCCUUGCUGCAAAAGUUAAUCAGAGAACGAUAACUUCUGAAAUUAAUGACAUCCACACAAUCAGGAAGGACAUACAGACAGUCUGUGAGAACAUGGCAGUCACCGAUGAGGACCGAUUUGCUGCAGUCAUGACCGCAUUUCUUGGAGAUGCCCAGCCUGUUAUUGCUUCCCUCGACUCCCUGCAGAAUCGAGCCAUUGAGGAAUUCCACAAAGUCUCAACGUUUUUUGGGGAAGAUUCAAAGAUGACCACAACUGAAGCUUUUUUUGGGAUAUUUGCAGAAUUUAUCACAAAGUUUGAGAAAGCAUACAGCGAUAUACAGGCCUCUGUGAACCUGCAGAACCUGAAGGUGGUUUCCCCACUUGCCUGGUGA